ACCCCUACCCGAUAUAUUAUAUUCUCACUACACACUAAAACGACUACCGUUUCAUUAUUUAUUCUCACUACACACUCGAACCGCUUUCCACUUGAAAACGAUCGAAAUGGAAGAAAAAUAGCAGAGCUUUUCCUCCGAAAUGGAUCCACCACCUCUCCCACCACUUCCCACCACCUCCGCUGCCUCCAUGCAGCUCAACUACACGGACUGCUUCGACUCCUCUCCUCAUUCUCGCAAUGCGGAUACCUGGACGGAUGAGCCUCUGCAGCCUGUUCCCGGCGCCAAGCUUCGCCUCAUGUGCAGCUACGGCGGCCACAUCAUCCCCCGUCCCCAUGACAAGUCGCUCUGCUACGUCGGCGGCGACACCCGAAUUUUCGUUGUUGAUCGCCACUCCUCGUUCGCUGACCUUUGCUCACGCCUCUCCCGGAUCCUCCUCAAUGGCCGAGCCUUCACCCUUAAGUACCAGCUUCCCAGUGAGGACCUUGACUCUUUGAUCUCUGUUACUACCGACGAAGAUCUCGAGAACAUGAUUGAUGAAUACGAUAGGACUGCUACGACUUCUCCUCUGAAGCCCUCUCGUUUGAGGCUUUUCCUCUUCUUUGUCAAGCCAGAGACAGUGGCCUCAAUGGGGGCUCUUCUUCACGACGCCAAGUCUGAGAACUGGUUUGUAGACGCGCUUAAUGGCUCGGGGCUUUUGCAAAGAGGGUUGUCGGAUUCAGCCAUGGAUAAUUGUUUGCUGAGCUUAGAUGAUGGGGUUAGGGGUAGUGAUUCUUGUAAUGACUUGGAAGGUCAGGGAGACUAUUUGGGGGAAAACAACAAACAGGUGGUAGGCAAGAGUAAUGCACAUGAAGUACAAUAUUCUAUGCCUGAUUCGCCCAUUGUUGAAAACCAUUCCUCAUUUGGUUCUCCUUCUUCUUCGCCUUCCAUGUCUAAUUUGGCCCCUAUUCGGGUACGGGUCGAAGAAAAUGGUGCCAGAGGUCAGAACCAAAGAGUCGGAAUGGAAGAACAAUUUUCCAAGAUAAGCUUUGCAGGAGCUCCUCCACGUUUCGCUCCGACAGCCCAUGGUAUCAUCUCCGGUGGUCAUCAGGUUAAUCCUACGUUUAUUUUUGGGGAAAAUAUGAAUAAGGUAUUGUCGGAAGACGAAAUAUCGGAUCACGGCGAUCCUGUUGGGUUUAGGAAACCACCUUUGCCACUGCAUCCUGUGCAACCAAAGAUGGCUGCCACUGGUGGACAUAGUUUGCCUUCUCCGGAUUCGGUUGCGAGCGAUACAAGUAGCAUCACAUCUGCUAGCUCUUUUUCGAAGCCUAUGCAUUAUCAAGAUCAACACUAUGUUCCCCAUAGAGAAACUAGAGGUCCUCGUAGCCCAAACACUGGGAACAAUGAUGACUCUGAUCCCGGUCCUGGGACCCAACAAAACAAGGAUUCUUGCUACCUCACCCCUCAGCAACUUGAUCAACAUCAAUAUCAUCCACAACAACAUCAACAGUUCACGCAAUACAUUCACCGUCCUUCAGCUAGUCCAGUGCCAAUGUCGCCUUACUACCAAGUCUAUUCUCAAACACCCCAACACCAACAGUAUCAUCACCAAAUGGAUCAGCAAUAUCCAGUCUAUUUAAUGUCGGUUCCUCCUCAAACUCAGUCUUACAACAUGUCAUUCCAAUCCAACAUGGCUGAUACGACAACAUCUGGGGUGGCCUCAACUCGACUAAUAUCAUCUCCAAGCCCUAAUAUGGUUCCUCUCCCUGGCCCAACUUACAAGCAGGAAGGAGUUCCCCCGGUUUACCCUGCUAAGGCUGCUUCACCUGGUUUGGUUGAUCCGGCUGCAGCUACAAGCAUGUACAAGACUGAUGUGGCAUCAAAUCCUCCUAUGGUUCAAAUCCCUCCAAACCAGUAUCAUCAGCAGGCAUAUGUGGAAUAUUCUCAAGUGCAUCAUCACCAUUCUCCAUCCAUUUCCGUCCCUUCAGGUACUGGGAAUUACACUUGUGAAUAUGCCAAUUCUGCUGCUCUUGGCCCUGCAAAUGAACAGAUUUUUUAUGCACAACACCCGGCUCAGUCAGCCGCAGCACGUUCCCCAUUGCCUUCUCAAUAUCAGUCAAUGACCCCUGCAGCUGCCAUAGCAUUGUCUGAGGCUGCAAAACAGCUACCUACAGAUAACAAUACUCAGCAUAACAGAACCUCAUAACCACUGUAAGCAAGUCAUGAUGGAAACAUCUUUCUGGUUGGUAAAAAAUUGGAUCUUGUAUUAGCUUUUCUUUUAUUUAAUUUUUCAUUGAUGUUACAAAUUUGUACAGUGCUGUAUUACAAAUGAAUAAUAAAGAACAUUGUUUUCUUCUUUAGUUCGGGAAGUUGACAAAAAAAUUCUCAUUUAGUUUAUAUUAAAUUGGGCUCUUUUCAUAUGUAUAUAUAUGUAACUAAAAUAAUUCUACAAUUAAACUCAUGUGC